CCCUCCACACCACACCCAUGGCCUGCUACGACUCCUGCCGUCCCUGCGGACCCACCCCACUGGCCAACAGCUGCAACGAGCCCUGUGCCCUGCAAUGCCAGAACUCCAGCGUCAUCAUCAACCCUUCCCCUGUGCUGGUCACCAUGCCAGGACCCAUCAUGACCUCCUUCCCCCAGAACACCGUCGUCGGAUCCACCUCCUCGGCUGCUGUUGGUAGCGAACUCAAUGCCCAGGGACAGCCCAUCUCUGGUGGCUUUGGCUUUGGCCUUGGCUAUGGGCUGGGAGGCCUGGGCUGCUAUGGCAGAAGGGGUGGCUACAUCUGCUAAGGGACCUCAGCACCACCCCUGACA